AUGUCAACUGUCAAAGAAACGACUCUUCGAUGGAAAACAACCAUUAUAGUCAGCACUUCUCUCCAGAAGCAUGAAUUAAGCAGGAUGCUAAGCGCUCAGCAACACCGCAUUAGGUUUUCACACAGUGUGCAGUGUGGAACCCUUAUCUUCCCUCAGUCAGGCACUGCAUUUAUGUUCGUUGACCCUCAUGAUCUUCCAGAGAGUAGUGAGGAGUCUGGACUUAUUGAGCAGAUUAAGAACUUUGUGGAAGUCCACAGGAACAGUUUUCUACUCCUAUAUGCCCCCUUCAAUGGGAAAAAGGAAUUGGAAACCUUGUCUCUGAUUCAGCACAGAUUUUUCGAUAGCAGUCUCAGGAUCCUGCCUGUGCGAAACAAUGCUGAGAUUGUCAAAGGAAUAUUGACCAUCGCCAAGGCCACCAGUAAGCCCCACGUGGACAAUAUCCGGGAGCGGAUGUCUAUGGCUCGGGCUCACAUCGUUGAAAGCAGUCCUGUGUGGGAGAUGCUCAGGGACAUGCUGUAA